UACUGCCAGUAAUUAUUGAAUAGAAUCUGCUUUCACCACUCUAAUGUUUGGCUUUGUUUAUAGUCAAACACAUGAGACCUACAAAAAUUGGCUACAAGAUAAAUAGACAUGCUGUAUAAUAUACUGGUAGACUAAACAUGUGUGUGGGAAGCCCAGGGUGAUGGGAAAGGUGUUUGGAGGCCAGGAUGCAGUGGCUGGCCAGUGGCCAUGGCAAGCCAGCCUGCGCUUCCGGAGCCAGCACUUCUGCGGAGCUGUCCUCAUUGAUGCCCAGUGGCUGGUUUCUGCCGCCCACUGCUUUCUCAACAAAUCUCAUGCCCCAGAGAACUACCAGGUUCUGUUGGGAAACACCCAACUUUAUCAGCAAACCCAGCAUACCCAAAACAUGUCAGUGAGCCGGAUUAUCACCCACCCAGAGUUCGAGAAGCUUCAUCCCUUCGGGAGUGACAUUGCCAUGCUGCAGCUGCACCAGCCUGUGAAGUUUACGUCUUAUGUUGUUCCAGUCUGCCUCCCACCCACAGACUUACAGCUGCCCAGUCACACUCCCUGUUGGAUAACUGGCUGGGGCAUGCUGUCUGAGAACAUGAAACUGUUGCCACCCUUCUCACUCCAGGAAGGAAAGGUGGACCUGGUUGAGCAUAAGGUCUGUAAUAUCUUAUAUGGGAAAAUAUCUGACAAAGACAAGGACUAUGUGCACGAAGAGAUGCUGUGCGCUGGGGGCUUCUCAACAGGAAGUUCCAUCUGCCACGGUGAUUCUGGGGGACCCCUUGUCUGCUUCCACCCCCAUGUCUGGGUUCUGGUAGGACUGGCCAGCUGGGGCCUGGACUGCAAGCAGCCUGUCUACCCCAGUGUCUUCACCAGGGUUGCCUACUUCAUUGAGUGGAUCAGUGAAGUCAAGAGGCAAACUCCUCUCCUGAGCCCCACGUCCACACCUCCUCACAUGGACUUUUCCUCUUCAGUACCUUUGAAGUCUGCUGGCUCAGCUCAGCCCCACAGCAGCCUCAUGUCUGCGCAGACCUGGCUCCUGCUGCCAUUUAUCAUUACUGUCCCACAGCAGGCCUCCUGGUAACCAUUUGGGCCCCUUGACAUUUUCUCUGCACAGACUCUUUGUCCAAAGUUCAGUCUCCCUCUCUACAGUCCAGCAUCAAUCUAAAUGGAUCCUUUCCCUCACCUUAUGUGUCCAUUAUUGUCACUCCCUAAACCAAGCCUGGAAAACAA